AUGGCUGGUAUUUAUGAUACUGAAGAGCAGAGAAUUAUUGACAGAAUUAAAUGCAUCGCUUUUCGUGAAGCUCGAGAUGCUGUUGUUCGUCGACCAAAUUAUCAGAAUGACCAAAUUUGGCCAAAAAAUAUCGACGAUAUUGAAGAAGAUGAACGUUAUCGUGAAACAGUUAAAAAUCAAACAUGUAUUGGAGUUUUUGUCAUAUUUACUGCUAAGAGGUUACAUUGGGUAAUCAAAGAUAAAGGUGAAUCAUGGACUGGUCAAUAUUUUCCUGAUAUAAUUUUAACUGAAAACGUAUUUCCGUUCUUAAAAACUGAAGAAAAUGUUAUCGAUCCCGAUGAAGUUGUAUUUGUUCAUGAUAAAGCACCAUGUAUGCAAGCAAAUCAGACCCAACUUUGCUUCAAAACAACGACGUUAAAUUUUGUGAUAAUGAUAUUUGGCCUAAAAUUCCCCCGAUCUGAAUGUGGCGGAACAUAUUGGAACAAUAAUCAAGGAUGA